AUGUUGGACCGGAGCCAUGUCGUCACCGCCGUGGCUGCGGUAGCGGCGACCGUGGGCGUCUUACACUGCUACAAGCUGAUAAAGGAAGCUGAAAACCCCGAGGUGCAGCUGCCGCCUCGCCUGGUCGAGCGCCAGUACCUGGAGGAGCUCAUCGAGGAACAGUUGGCGAGAAACUACGCCUUCCUCGGCGACGACGGGAUGCGGGCCGUCCGCAACCAGCGUAUUGUCGUCGUCGGUGUUGGUGGUGUUGGUUCGUGGGUGGCGACGAUGCUUGUACGCGCCGGGGUUGGCCACAUCAAGUUGAUUGAUUUUGACCAAGUGACGCUUUCCUCGCUCAAUCGCCACGCUGUGGCUACCACUAAGGACGUGGGCAUUUCCAAGGUGAACUGCUUAAAGAACCACUUGUCUCAGGUAGCGCCCUGGGUCAAUAUUGAGGUGGAAAACUCGUUGUGGACGUUGGACCAAGGGGAACAGUUAAUCUACGGCAAGGACGGCCAGUGGAACCCGACGUUCGUCAUCGACUGUAUCGAUAACAUCGACACCAAGGUCGACUUAUUGGAGUACUGCUUCAACAAGGGACUUAAGGUGAUCUCGCUGGGAGGGGCGGCGUGUAAAAACGACCCCACGCGGCUUAACGUCGCCGAUAUCUCCAAGACUGAAGAGGACGCCCUUCUGAGACAGGUGAGAGUGAGACUCAAGAAGCGGGGGAUCUUGAAGGGGAUCCCCGUGGUGUUCUCGGCGGAAAAGCCCGACCCGCGUAAGGCUCAGUUAUUACCGAUUACCGAAGAGGAAUUGGCUAAGGGAGAUGUCGACCAGUUGACGGCGUUGCGCAAUUUUAGAGUCCGCAUUUUGCCCGUGUUGGGGACGAUGCCGGGGAUGUUUGGCUUGACCAUCGCCACCUACGUGUUGUGCCAAGUGGCAGGGUAUCCGAUGGAGCCCGUCGAGGGGAAGAACCGCUACCACAACUACGAGCUGUUCCUCACUGGCUUAGGCGCUCAAUUGAUCAGAUUAGGCGUCAAGGAUAACCGUGUGCCGAUUAAGCUCUCUGAAGUGCCCUAUAUCCUUGAAGAAGUGUGGCGCGGCAAGUCGCCCAUCUCAGGCUACCUGACCCGUUUGGUGCUCUCGCAAUGGGACCCUAAGAAGCCGUUGCUGGUGCAAAACAUGGUGGUGAUGACCAAGGAGGAAAUGAAGGUCCACGAGCAGCGCAUCUUGCUUGGCAGCGACACGUUUGCCGAUGUAUAUAGUCCCGAGGUGCUUGCGUUGGUUGCCCAGCGGUUUGCCGAUGAACAGUACUACUCGCAGUUCCGCUAG